UGAAAAUUAGUUUGUGUAAAGAAACUUGAAUUAAAAUAAUUAUGACAUGUACGAUCUACAAGACUGUUAUUUACUACAAGAUUAAAAAUAUUUUCCAGGAAACCACAUGACCAUGAGGUAAUCUCCACUGGCAAGCGAUUACACGAUGACUUUCGGAAUUUCAGUAAUUCUGUUAGUGUCUAUUUGGACAACAAAUACUCAUGCAUAUUUAACAUCAGUGCAAGAAUUAGACGAUGCCAUAAGAGCAGUGGUGUCACGGAUGCAUCGAGUAGCCGAUAUUGAAAGUGGUGGCGAAUACUCAGAUCUGGGAGUAGACUUCCCAGUACCCGCAAUUCCACGAUCUCAAAAAGCUCUAGAAUCGGAUUCGGAAUAUGAUUCCAUAUUCGAUGAAGGCCAGUUACAUCCUAGCCUCAGAGAUCAGGAAUAUCUCCAGCAUAGUCCUCUAUGGGGUCAGCAGUACGUAAGUGGAGGCGCUGGUGAAGGCCAACAAAGGCUCAAACCAGAUGGAAGUGCAAUGAAUCAUCAGCAAGUAAAAACGGAUAAUCUGCCCGCUUAUUGUAAUCCACCUAAUCCCUGUCCUGUUGGAUUAACAGAAGAGCAUGGUUGCACCGAGAACUUCGAGAACACCGCAGCCUUCAGCCGCGACUACCAGGCGGCUCAGCAAUGCAUGUGCGACGGUGAGCAUAUGUUCCGUUGUCCGUCCUCAUUAGACGGAGACGAACUGGACGACUCAUCCGAAUCAGACGAACAGGACGAACACCAGGACCUUCUGGACAUGGAAGGCGGACUUGAUACUCGAACUGCGCCUGAAAUCUUCAUGGCGCAAAGGGAGUACCGACGAUCUGGCUUGAGUGGGAAUAAACAUCAUAAAAGAAAGAGUACUAAUCCCUACUUGCAUGGUGAGAAACUCCCAGUGGCUGCUAAGAAGGGUAUCAACGUUGUCUACUGAACCAAUUUAAAACGCUCACCACUAAUUUAACAAAAUAUAUUUUUAUUUUUUUGGAUAAACCAACCCAGAAACAAAUGCUAAUUAAUUUUCAGAAAAAAGCAUUUGUAAACGACUUUGGCAAUUGAUAAACGGAAUAAUGAUUUCAAACCGAAUAAACAAAAGAAAAAUCUACAAAAAUAAUUUAGUUUUCGUUAGUCAUUACAUAUGUAUUACCGGUUAAAACCCUUUAUUCGAAGGAGAAUUAAGAACUAAUAAAACAAUGUUUAAUAUUAAGUAGCCGUGUAACUUACUUUGUGUAAUAUUAAAGAGGCCCAUUAUAUAAUAAUUAAAUUUAAUGUAGUAAACUAUUUAUAAUAUAUUAAUAUUAUAAAUACAUCAUUAAAACAUCAAAUUACUAAUGAAAUCUAAUACAAUGCUAUUGGAAUCCGAUUGGGGUAUGAUCAAAUUUCUUAUUGUCUUUCUCUCUAUUAUUUAUUUGCAAGUUUGUUCGUACCCCAGGACGAUUUUCAAAUAUAGUCUCCAUCAAUGCGCGCAUUUGCGAAAUUAAAAAAAGCUCACAAAAAUUUAAUAAAGUCUCAAUUACAUCCGAGACAAAUUUGAAAAGGAAGAGUUGCAUUAACAACAAUUCACAUUAGAAAAAGAAUUGAUUGGAAAACUUACACUUGUUUUCGGUGAACGUGUUUCAGACCCCAUUGAUGCUCUUGUAUCCGUGCAAUGUUCAUUUAUAAUUUCCAUAAUUUAAUAUAUUAUGAAACCAUUGUAAUGUAUUAUAUUAUCCGAUUUUUGUAAUAGACAUUACACGCAAUGAGUGCACGAUACGUGUUUAAUGAAAUAAGUGUAUGUUUUAAGAUUUGCAUUC